AGGGGGGCAUUACACCGUCGUGCAGACGUUCGUAACGCCUGAUGGUGGGCGGUUACAACCGUCCGCCUCCCCCAGUGAUCAAGGCUACAAGAAGCCUCGAUCAGCUAGACGGUUCGCCAUCCUUUUGUUCUCCUCCAUUACCUCUCUCUCACACAACUCCCUCCGGUGGACAGGAUCUGGAGUUAGGCCGGCGCCGCCGGAGCUGAAGGCCGUAUCGCCGGAGUAGGAGACGAACGAUCCCCUUCCGGUGAUCAAGGAUUUGUCAUCCGGACGUAAGAAAUUGGAAAGCAAAUUGCUAUGAAUAAGACUACUAGGAGCAGGGAGCUUGGUGUUAUUCAAGGUUGCUUUUAAAACUUUGAUUGUUAUACAUCGUGCUUUGAGAGAAGUCGAUCCCUCAUUCUGAGAAGAGCUCAUCAACUGUACUAGGAGCAGAGGUCAUAUGCUAAACCUAUCACAUUUCAAGGAUUAUUCGAGUCUAAAUGCAUGGGAUUAUUCUGCUUGGAUUCGAACAUAUGCUUUGUAUCUAGAGGAGCGGUUAGAGUGCUUUCGCAUGUUGAAAUAUGAUGUCGAGGAAGAACGCUCCAGAACUCUAGAACUUGACACUGUUGACUAGCUUGAACAAUUACCUGCUCUGCAACAGCUUCUUUUCCUUCUGCUCAGUUGCCAGCCUGAGGUAUCAGCUGCAUACAAUAGUAUGAUCAGAUAUGCACUUUCAAUCUCUUAAGAUAUACAGUGCAAUUAAUGAAGGGACUCUAAAUUUGGUUGACAAGUUCUUUGAGAUGCCACGUCAUGAUGCCAUCAGGGCACUUGAAAUUUAUCGGAAGGCAAGGCAUCAGGCCGAGAGGCUGUCUGAGUUCUAUGAGAUCUGUAAGGCUCUUGAUGUGGGACGAAAGAAAAAUUUUAUCAAAAUUGAACGGCCACCUGCCUCAUUUAUUGCAGCAAUGGAAGAGUAUGUGAAGGGUGCUCCAUGCACUUUACCUCCUAAUUGGAAUAUGGUAGGCAGUGACAGAGAAAUACCUCCUAAAGCCCUGUUGGCCAUUGAGCACAACAAAUUGAAAGAUGAUCAUGAAAAGUCUGUGCCAAUACCAGCACCAGCCCCUGCAACACCUGAACCUCCUGCAGCUGAGAUUACCGAAGCUCAAAUAACUGAUAUCUUGAUACAGGAUUUGGAUGAUUUCGCCCAGGAUGCAAUAAAAUUGGAAGAGAAAAACAUCCUAGAACUUGCAAUCAUUGGUGAUGAUAAUCCAUUAAAAGUACAAAUACUUCUAAUCUUACAAGUGAGACUACUGGAUGGGAGCUUGCACUUGUUGGUGCUCCAAGUUCCAAUAAUUUCAGAGCGUAAACUGGCUGGUGGGCUAGACAAGUUGACCCUGGACAGUUUAUAUGACAAUGCAAUUGCAAGAAGAACAGAUCCUGGUGGGAGCUACAUGGGUUCAGAUGGCGAUGAAUUCCUUUGAGGCAGUUCAAUACACCCAAGAUCCUUUAUAUGCCUCCACCACUAUAGCAUCACCUGCCAGUGUGCAGAUGGCCGCAAUGGCCCAGCAACAAGCAUACAUGAUGCAACAGCAGCAGCAACCAUUGGGACAGGAUGGCACCAAUCCCUUUAGCAACCUAUUUGCAGCACCAACUGUUCCAUCUUAUCCUCCCCAUAAUCCAUACACAGGCCACAUGUAAGGUGGACUAGGGUUUGGAAUUACAAGAAGAGUCUGAUGCUCAAUAGUGAAGAAAGAGAACUCAGUAGACUCAAAGAUGUGAAUAAGCAGGCAGUAUUUGUUUGGUCAUCUACUCAUUCUUCAUAUUUUUCCAUCAAAUCAAGGUCUCUUUUUUUUGUGUAUCCUCCCAACAGCUGCAAAUUGAAAGCAGAACUGUAUCAUACAACCUAAUAGUUGAUUCCUUGUAGGGUUAUA